AUGCUGCUACCUCUAAAUUCUAAGGUGAAUUCUCUGUUUGAUGAAGGGACUUCUCUGAUUAUAGUUCCCGACCUGGUCCUCAUGCUGCUGAGGCUGCUGCUGCUGCUCUGUGUGCUGCUUCUGAAAUCCAGUUCCUCACUGCCCACAGAGGGGAAAUCAAUGACCCUCACCUGUGAGGUCCACACCUCUCUACAGAAACCAAGGGUUCAGUUUCAAUUCUGCUUCUUCAGAGAUAAUGGGGCCCUGACAUCGACCUGUAACAGUUCCUCAAAGCUUGAGAUCCUAGCCAUGAGGACUUCUGACUCAGGAUCUUACUGGUGUGAAGCAAAGCCAGCGAAUGGCAAAGUUAUACGGAGCAGUAGGUUACAGAUACGUGUACACAGGGUCCCUGUCUCUGAUGUGAGCUUGGAGACACAGCCUCCGGGAGGACAAGUGGCAGAAGGAGAGAAGCUAGUCCUUGUCUGCUCAGUCACUCGAGGCACAGGAGACAUCACCUUCGUUUGGUACAAAGUGAACACGGGUUUGCAACUGGGCACAAAGACCCAGCGUUCCCUCACUGCGGAGUUUGAAAUCCUUAUGGUGAAGGAGAGUGAUGCGGAGCAAUAUUACUGUACAGCUGACAAUGGUUACAUACCACAGUCCAGUGGACUGGUGAGCGUUACUGUCAGAAUUCCAGUGUCUCGCCCAGUUCUCACCCUCAGGACUGCUGGGGCCCAAGUUAUGGUGGGGGAUGUGGUAGAGCUUCACUGUGAGGCCCAACGAGGUUCUCCUCCGAUCCUGUACCAGUUUUAUCACAAGGAUGUCAUCCUGGGGAGCAGCUGGGCCUCUUCUGAAGGAGGAUCGUCUUUCAACCUCUCACUGGCUGCAGACCAUUCUGGAAAUUACUCCUGUGAGGCUGGUAAUAGCCUGGGGACCCAGCACAGUGAGGCUGUGCUACUCAAUGUCACAGUGCCACCCGAGAACAGCAAGAGGCUUCUUACUUCAGGAAGCAUUGCGGGGCUGCUCAGCAUUCUGAGUACCAUCACUGUGCUUCUACUAUUUUGCUACUGGAUCAAGAGAAAAAUAGGAAGACAGCCAGCCAGAAUUUCACCCAGGAGCCCUCCCAGUCCUCUACCACAACAUUCUACGUAUCUAAACUCACCCAGUCCAGUGCCUUUACAGCCUGUGUACGAAAAUGUGAACCUUGUAAGUGGGAAUGAUGUCUAUUCCCUUGUAUACUCUGUUCAGCAGGAACAAGGAUCAGCACCAGAACCCUCAAGGACCUUUACUGAUGAAAAGGUCUCUUUGCCCAUCUAUUCUAAGCUGAAGAAGGCAACUAUUGCAGCUGUAGACUAUUCUGACCAUGAAGACUAUGAAGAUGCAAUGUAA